GCGCUGGGUCGUUGGAAGAGUGGACAAGCAGCGAGACAGCAGCGAAGCCGCCACCGCCCAGCGCAGCCAGGAAAGGAAAAGUACUUUCGUGUUUGCAAUAUGCUUCCGCUCGUCCGCCUGGCCUCGCGCUGCAACAGAUUACCCACCCAGAGGUCUUUCUUCACUCUCCCGGAUCUCUCAUCUCUCUCGCCAUUCCCAGGGUCAAACGGAGACGGCCAUGACCGCCAGACAUACCAUGAGCGCAAGAUCUUGCCAUACAAACCCAGCGAAUUAUAUAAUGUCGUCGCGGAUGUAGAUUCUUACCCGCACUUUUUACCGUUCUGUACGGCUGCGCGCGUGCUGGAGCGCAAACCGGCCACAGACAAUGCACCAGGGACUAUGCGAGCGUCCAUGACUGUCGGAUUCCUUUCCUUCCAGGAGAGCUACGUCAGCGAUGUGACGUAUCGUCCAAACGAGCUGCUCGAAAUUGCUGCCUCAGAGUCUACUCCACUGUUCAAAACGCUCAAUACAAUCUGGCGAUUUCAACCUGCAUCUCCCAACUCCCCUCAUCCAAGUAGCAAACCGCCACUGUCAGUCACUUCACCUACGCCGGAUUUGCCAGCUCAGCCAGAAUCCCCGGACGACCGCGACAGUGGACCGACACUCGUGACCCUUGAUCUUUCCUUCUCGUUCGCAAACCCCGUCCAUGCCGCAGUGUCGGCAGCGUUUUUCGGACAGGUGUCCAAGGUGAUGGUGAAAGCCUUUGAGGAGCGAUGCUUAGAUACAUAUGGACCAGGCCGAAGAUAGAAGGUGGCUGCACUUACUUUGGUUCCAUCGCUUCUUGGGAUGAGUUCGUGUGCUGGAUUUCGGUGACGGCACAUAUAUGUGGACGUUUUCAAAAAAGAGAAUUUCCCAGAAACCCCUGCACAGUUGUCCAGAGACUGUGUCUAUGAAAACUUUACAUGCACCAUCUACAGCUACUCCCCCUUUCCCCCAAUCCCGCCAACGCUCGACGAAUAAACGCGGUCCACUUCAAUCCAAAAUAACUUUCUAUGGUUGUAAUACUUAUUAUAACGGGACAUUCGUCUCCAGCUCCAAGCUGACUCAGCAGACUGUCUAAAAUCGGGAUCACGAACAAGAACGUCUCUCCAACAUGCUCCUCAGGCAUUUUGAGGUAACCUUACAUAGAAGAGCAAUUAAAUGGAUCCAAGAUAGCAAUCGUGUUACGUACCUGCACGGCCAUGCAUCACCAACGCCCGUGCGUAUUUCCACUUCUUGCGAGGCUGUGCAAGGAGCUCGAUU